GUUUCCCGCUUGCGCACUACUCACUGCGACACAUUGCGUUUUGUACACCAAUUUGUACCAGUGGGCCGUGUCAAGUGGACGACAAGCGACGGAAAGGCGCUACACAUUGUCCACUAUCAAAGGUUGUGGCGUUGACUUUAACAUUUUCCCAAGCCGCAUGGGGCCACCCCAAAAAUACAACACAGAUUGCUCAACAAUCCCCCAGAGCUCCCAUGCAAAAGGUGACGCCGCUUCAUCCUUCUCCCUUGGGCUGGCGGCCCACAAAACUGCGCAAAGAUUGAGGUUAUCAUCAUCGUCACAAGUACACAAGUACACGCGAGUGACCUUCUGACAUGAAAAUGACGACAGUUUUGCGCUAGAAGAAGUCGUUCGCACCGCAGUCGACAUGCUGCUGACUGAGGGCUGAGGAAAAUGGAUCACCUCAAAAGCGAAAUACUAAAAUCGCACCACCCGCUGGGUUAGGUGAUCGCGGGACCGAAGAGAUCGCUUGUUGUUUUAUUUUUUGCUUUUUUGCUUGCGCUUAGAGAAUGCUGGGAAAACGAGCGCACACCGCUGUGCCAGCAAUCGGUGUAGGAGGCUAUUGAGGGAGGUUCCAAGGUUCAAAUAAAUUGGCAAACCUUCGCCCCCGUCCUGCUCUAUCGGUGGCUCACGAUAUCAAACCGAUCAACAACCCAGAGAGCACAUCGGUGGAAUGAAGAAUUUGUGCUGAUCAACACUUAAGCGAGUCGCAGUGGUGAGUCACAAGGUUUUCUCGCGAUGACUAGGCCCUCUAGUGUAGAGCUCUAAGCAGCGGGUAGUAAGCAGGAAUUCUGAGGAAUUCUUAACGACACCGAGCACCACUCUCGACGCGAUCAUGAGUGUCGCUUGGCUACUGCUUGGACCUGCGGGAAAGAUAAACAUUACACACACACGCACACGAUGAUGCUAUGUUAUCGAUGCGAGCGUGUUAAUGACCCAUGGCAGGGUAAAUCCCCGCUGGACGCUGUCCGGAAUGAAUGCCGGAAGCCGACAACUUCGGGACAGCUCAGAACUCUAUUCUGAAAGCAAACAGUUGGAAGAAAUCUGGGUAAAUCAAGACGGAAAAAAUGUCCCACAGAACGUACAGAAACACCUAUUACAAGCCGUAGCAGCGCACUUGGAACUACUCUCUUGGGGAAUUACUCUUGGCAUUGACACGGCGCAAACAAACACACCGAAAACAGGGCGCGCGCGUAGUGCCGUUUUACGAAAAUUGUUCUUGCCUUGCGGGUUUGCUUGCUGGCAUUUUGCAAACAAACCAACACUCACAAAAACAGGGACUUGGAAGCGGUAGCGAAGCAAAGCAAUAGACGUUUAUUUGCUCUGUUCAGUAAAUGUGGUUCGCCUGGUGGUGCUCUUGGCGGUAGCAUUUGAAAGGGAUUUUUGAAGCACUACUCCGUUAUCGUUCAGGUUUUGUGCUGUAUUUGAGCUGUGUUGGAUUGGAUAUACCAUUUUGUAAAUUAUUGUAAAAAUACUGAGAUAAAUUGUAAAAUACUGAGCCUACUUCUAAUUUCCAAUAAGGAAGGUUUGCUCCCUUCUCUUCACUAUGCAUAUCUAAGCCGCUUGGGCAAUAAAUCUUCUCCUCUAAUGUUUGUGCAAAUGGCAUGCUAUUUUCACUGUAACGCAUCUCACACGGAGUGUCUCCCAUUUACCCGGAUGCAUUAGUGCCAUCAGCAGCUGCCAUCGGGAUUCAGGAUCAAGAAUCAAGGCGCGACGUAGCGUUGUUCGGGCGCCAAUAUUAAGCCACAACGCGGACGCCAACUGUACGGGACGCAGCUCUUAACCUUCACAUUCGUGCGAUCGGCGCUUCCACUACCGUUUUGAAAGUGUUGCCACCGGUCGAAGUCUAUUGGAAUAUAGGCGCAGCGAGUUGGAGCAGCAAGAAGCAGCGUAUCAAUCCCACUGCCUCGGUGGAUGUGCUUCAACAAACAUCGGACACUGUCUCUCGCUUGAUCUUCUGUCGAUUAUCUCUUCUCUUUGAAGUAAUUGAUAAUUCGCCUAAGAAAGAUUUGUAACGGUCCGAAUCGUAACUGGAGAAAAACCAGAGGAAACAAAAUGUAAUCGGAGAGGUUUUCGUUAAACUUGAAUAGUCAUCUACUGGCAAACGUUACAUAAAUACACUAAUUAAAUGUAUUAUUUCAUCGUGCACACACAGCCGAAACGAAUAUGUGUCCUUCCAGGUGAUUGUGUGUCUUUCGCUUCCUUAUACCGCAAUACGAAAGCAGGACACGCGAGACACGGACGACGACGCCACAUUAUCUGAGGGGUUCGUUGUCUGGUGGUGACACAAUAACACCAAAUUCACACACAAGGCAUACCUUUUCGUUCGUCACGCAGAUUCCGAUCGAGCGAAGCUGCUUGCAUAAUGCUUCACAUACACCCCGUCCACCUUCCUCCCCUUUUUCUUUCUGGGUCUGUACCAGAAAACAAAUCUGCAAAACUGCCGCUCCGGCCCGGCCCAGAGUUCGUUGUGUUCAUUUUAACGCGCAAGAAACACAACCUGCUCCCACUCGCUGCUACUACACCCUGUCCAGCGAAACCACCGAACCUCCCCAAAAAUAUGUUGUUGUUGUUCCGAUUCUUCUUUUUAACGAUCGUACCCCGAUGGCGUCCAAAAGAAAUGACAUUGAAAGUGUUGAACCAACCAACGAGCGUCACUUUUACUUUCGGCGUGUGAAUGCUUUCGUCGUUCGGGGCGAGGUUGCGAUUUUUGGUUGUUGCUGGUGCUUACGAUGGAGCAAAGGCGAGGAAAGGAAGGAAGGAAAGGUGAAGCUAGCUGGCCGGUAAAGGUUUAAAUUUAAUUUGCUUUUUCCGUUACGCAACCGUCAUCGCCACAGCCAACGCCACGGGUAGAGGAGGCCACACGCUGCACUCUGAUCGCGCAUCUUGCAUCGAUCAUCAAAGCGCGAUCGAUCGUUUUGAUUGAGCGGUGUCCGAAGGGUGUGUGUGUGAGGACCUGGCUGCUUGUCUAUGCCGUUUUGAAGGUUUUGUAGUUUGGGGUGGUGUUUGACCGGCGGAGGGACGAGUUCAUCGACCAUUUGGACGGCAGCAUUUCGCCAUCGCCAGCGCGUUUGAGCGAUAGCCUCGCGAGUAGGUCUCGAGGGCCACGAUCAAGUCGGUAGCGAUCAAGGUUAGCGAUCAAGAAACCCGCCCCGACCAGGCAAAGACGCAUCGCGCGUGCGCGCACACACACACACUUACCAAUUUGAUAGGCGGAGUUGCAUCAGCCAAGGAAAUCCGCCCCGAAGAUGAUCGAUAUUUAAUGGGAAGGUGAUGGUGAUGGUGAUGCAUAGGCCGUUUAUUUAUGAUCGGUUCGUUCGUUCGGGUAAGUUCGAACAUUCCUAUGCUAAUCGGCCAAUAUGUAUGUUUUCAUAUGUUGGCAGGCAUUCAAUUCAUGCAGGCAUUGUUCAGAAUGAAGUGUCAACUGAUGGUACUCAAUAUUCAAUUAACACCCACGUAAUCUAGCCCUAGCUUUGAUUGCUGACUAAGCUUUCAUCGAUUCAGUUGGGCAAACGAAUCGUUCAAGGAUUCCUCCGAAUCGAUUGAUUGGAAUUCAGCAAAACAUCCUGCAGCAGUCGCAUACAUUCCAACGCCACCACAAGCAUUGGUAGCGUUUGUUGAACUCUCUUCGGUUCUUGCCGCCGCAUAUGACUCAUUUGUUUGUCUUGCAACACCCGACAUUGAGUGUGCAUCCAGCGGAGGAAAAUCCACCAGGCCUCGUAGGCUCGCUGAUCUGCAUACAAACUACACGAGAACGAGGCGAGGAUUCAUGAUUCAUCCGGCAGAAUGCACAAAACUAGUCCACCGGUACGCCCGCACGGUCAGUCGUUGCCCGUUAGUUCAGUGACCAAGGUGCCAGCCGCAGCCGCGCGUCCAAAAUCGCGGUGGUGAAAGAUUUAGGCCAGCCGCCAAGAACGAACGCGUUGGUGGAUAUUUUGUCGUCUCAAUCUCGACACACCACACCCAAGAAAGAUGACCAACGGUUGGGAGGCUGCUCGGGCUUCACUAGGCUCCCUCUCUGGUAGCAGUAGUUCGGGCAAUUCCAACAUUACGCUGCGGCACGAGCCGCAUCACCACACGAAACAGAAGCAAUCGACGAUGGCCAAGUAUAAUGCACCCUCGGGGCCCGUAUCGCUCUCCGCCUUGAUAGAGGCAGCCGCCCCACCACCACCGGUAGCGCUAGAAGUGGCCAACAACGAGCCGUACGAUUACUUCGACACCACCGUCAAUGCCAAUGCCAUCGCGGAACGGACCAACAGCUUGCGGCGGUUGCGAAGGGCCGGCUAUGCUAAUCGUAGCUUCAUGUACCACGGGGAAUAUCCCCCGAUCGCCGGGAUGGUAGACGACGGGUACGAUGACGAUACGGGUGGUGGUGGUGGUGGCGGUGGACGUCUUCCAUACUACGUUGAGCCGACGUACCGUUCGCUCGAGUACGAUCGCCGGCAGCGACGCCGGCACAGCGUGCAUCAGCUGGCCAACUUUAACCCCUCGUCGAAGCUGGAGGAUCUGAGGCAGCGGUUCGACGAGUACAGCUCAUCGGCCGCGGUGCCGAGGGGAGCGUACUACGGCUACUACACCCUCGAUCGCCACAAGAGCCGACAGCCGCGACCGUUGGGGCCGCCCAAUGCACCACCACCACUGGCACCGGCCAUCGCGUACGGGAAGGCGUUCUCCUUUGGGCAGAGCGCGGGAAGGUACAGCGGGAGCCGAUCGCUCGACCGCGUGCUGGUGGAGGAGGAACGAGCGGACAAGCGCAAGGGACCAAAGCGAGGUUCCCGCUCGUCGCAGGGUUCCACCGAUAGUAAUAAUAGUACACAUAGUGCAUCAUCCGGGUCGCUACUGCUGACGGUAGCAAACCUUGAGAACUUUGCCAAAAUACAUCGUAAAACCACUGCCGGCGGUGGCUCCAAGCUGGACGGUGCCGGCAGCAGCCGAACACUCGAACGAUACCUCUCCUCGACGCUCGAUCUGGUACCGCACGCGCAUCCCGGGACGCUUGGGCGGCGAUCGCGCUACAACAGCAACAUCCUGCUGCACCAUCAAGAGGACGACGACGUUCAUCAUCAUCCGGCCGACCACGCGGCGAUCGACUAUCGCAAGGAUGGGCAUGCGAUCGUACCGAUCGAUGAGAUUUCCAUCGACGAGGGCGAAACAGGUGGUGGAAGCGAACGGCAGCUACAGCUUGCCACUGUCGGAGGAGCGGGCAGUGGUGGAGGACCCAGUCUCGUGUCGCCGUUCCGUUCGCUGAAGGGCGGCAAGGUGGACCCGGACUCGGUGUCCGUUGCCAGCUCGACGCACUUCACGAUGGUGAACGGGAUCGGUGGACCGCAGCGCGUAAUCAAGACCGGGAUCUGCUCGAGCGGGGGCCACCAGAUCACGGUACUGAUCAUCACGAUGAGCAUCAUCUUCAUGAUCGGUAUCUGUUCGGCUGUUUUCCUGCUCGAAAUGCGUGCCAGGGAAAUGCCAAAAUAACGACUUUCGUUUCAUCAUCAUUUGUUCGCACCACCAGAAUAUACGAGAGAGAGAGAGAGCGGGCCGCAGGAAGGUGUUUACGAUUUACAUUCGAAGUAGAUUUAGCAAUCAAAAACUGAUAGAUUAAGCGCUAUCGCCCUGCAACAACGCGUUGCCAUAUGGAGUUAAUAAGAGUUAUAGUUAUAGCGUAUACACAUAGGAAGAGACUUUUAGCUACUUUUUGCUAUCCCCAAGCCCUACUUUUAGACCGAUCUAUGUGUGACUUGCACAGUCAUGUUAGCUAGAGACGUACUACUUCCCGAUAGAAGCAUAUCUAAACAUACUUUUCACACAGCUGUUAUGCGUAGAGAACGGACCUUCUUCACACUAUUCCUACUGCUAGAUCGAUAAGAGACAUAACAAUGUAGCGUUUUUUUUUUUAUAUAUCGUGCAUGAUUUCAUGGUGAGGAACGGUAUUAAAUCACAAUCAGCUAGAGAUCGGCGAUCGUCCACGAGACUUGUUGCGAUACUCUAGCGUUGUGUUAGACUCGCUUAGGGCAUAGUAAUUGUAACGAUAGAAAUGAGUUAGCAUGCGCUCUACAACAUGCCAAAAUGCCAAAAGCCUCUCAAGCAGCAGAACCUGUUUUUCCUCUCUACAAGUACUACGAUCAACUUUUACCAUUUUUUAAAGCGUCCUCCUCCUCCUCCAACGUAUCUGACUAAAACUAUCCAGUUUCGUGUUUCACUGAUUCAGUUCUGUGAUAUUUAUUAAAUUAUUUAACUUAUGUUGAGAGGAUAAAGAAAUGACUAAGGAAAAAACUUGAA